UCCCUCUGCCAGAUCUGCAACAAAUCAGAACCCAAGUACACUUGCUCGUCGUGCAGAGUCACGCGGUAGUGAGUCGUGCCCGGGCCCGUCUUCUCUUGCUCACAAGCCUCCGCCAAAGCUGCUCCGUAGCAUGCUACAAACAACACGCAGAGAUAUGUGCGAAGAAGAUGCUGAGCCCGAGACCAGAGGCCCCCGCUAGCAGUACUCCUGCUACCCAGGUCGACUACCGUCCCGCCGAGUCAUCCGAGAGUCUAGAUGACCCUCCCACCCUCCGUCCUCUCACAUCCUUGAAAUGGCCAUACGUCCCCGACGAUUCGACGCACGAUGAUCCUCUAAAGAGGGAUGACCCAAAACCACUGACACUCCACCAAUAUGAAGCAAUCGCCACCUCCCCCACCAUCCGCACUCUCCUCACUACAAACCCUCGCCUCCGAACGCUUCUCACCUCUAUCGACAAGUUGCGCGGUCCAGAACGAGAGGGAGCGCUGCAAUGCGCACUUGGCAUCGACAGCAGACACGGUGGCAGAUGGAAACUCGGGAACAUCAACGAGACCCAAAUGCAGGGCCACGAGACGGAUGACGACACAAAGGCGUUCAGGAUGCUUGCCGAGGCCAUCGAGACUGCUGUCAGAGGUGGAAGAAGUGACGUCUUGGGGUUGGAUUGGGAUGAUUGAUUUCGAUGCUCGCGAUGGAAUCCCAUCCGCAAUUCCGUUUGGAUAUCUCAAGUGCCUUCCGCGGUCGCCGAUGCACUGUG